GGUUUGAAACCCUAACUUUGUUAUUGUUAUCGUAUGUCGUUAAUUUCCGUUUUGUUACUUCCUGCGACUACACGCGCAGCUGCACACAGUUUAAUGUUUCAUUGUAUAUCACUGUCAACUAGAGUAUGGUCACUCUACUCUACAAUUGGUUAUUUACGUUUAUGUUCGAACUCUAUCGACGGUAUUCAGCAGCAGUUUGGUGUGUGCGCCAACUAAAUUCGAACGUUACCCACUAUAUUUCUAUUCCGCGAUCACUCUAUUCAAUAUUCCGUUACCGGAUUGAUCAGUUACCAUAUACCUUCAACCGCAUAGUAUUAUAAACUUUAUCAUUAAAGAUACAUUUUAUAACCAUUAUCCGCGCACGUGUUAUCCUAUCAUCGUGGUUAGCGAAUUUAGUGGAGUUCAAUUUGUGGCGUUAACGGCACACCAAAGCAGCGUAGCUCUCAGAAGAAUUUGGGAGUUACAUUAGUUCGAAUUUAGUUCGAAUUCUACUCGUUUGCAUCGUCAGAAUCAACGCUCUAUUGUGCUUCAACAGUAAUAGUAUCCCGCUAGCCUUGUGUGCGGCGCGUUGUAAACCAUCUGGUUCAAAUCUCAUCACGGCGCGGCGAUAAACGCGACCUCGGCCAAUAAACAUUGUCUAUCGCGAACCUUCAACUCGCAAUGGAACAAUCUAUAGCAAUCGACGACCUAAAGAAGGCUCGUAGCAGCGCAAAGGCCAACGUAACGCGCAAAGUGAAUCGGAUUUCGGAGUCGAUGCUUUCAAGCGACAGUGUUGACGUUGUCAAGGAAAUGUCAAUAGAAUUACAACAUGCUACAAGCGAAUUUAAGGCUGCUCAUGAGGCAUACAACAAACAAUUAACGAAUGAAGACGAUUUGGAUCAGUCUGCCAGCUAUUUUCAUACCGUGUUAGAACAAGUGCGCGCCAUAGAAACACAAAUGCAAUCGUGGCUCAAACAACAAUGCAUUGACGUAAUCGUACAUCCGGAAGACUCAGCUAGCAACGUGGCAUCGUAUACCUCCUCGCGCGCUAAGUCUAAGACCAGCUCGACAAGAAGCUCAGCAAGCGCGAAAGCAAGAGCGGCAGCCAAGAUAGCAGCGCUUGAAGCUAAAGCUGCGUCUAUCCAAGAAAGGCAAGAGCUCGAACUCGAAGAGCUUAAACUAAAUCAAAGAAAAGCCAAACUCGAACUUAGGACUGAGUUAGCGGUCGCUGAAGCUGAACAAAGAGCCUACGAAGAAAGCGAAAUCGAGGAAAUACGCAGUCGUAACGGCAAAAGUGUUUUGCAUAGUUCGCCACCGGUCCAGCGCAAGUUAAAUCUCACCGACCAACGACUCGAGAAUGCCCCAAAGGUUUCUUCAAGUCCCGAAGCUAAGCCCGCUGCCGUAGACAUGUCUGCACGUCAAACACUCAACCCUGAAGCCCCCGAAUGGCGCGCUGUAACGCCGCAGGGCUACGAACGCUCGUACGUCAACGACCUUUCUCAAUUGGAUAAGUUUCGCGAGGAAUCGUUCCAAGCGCUAAUGACAACGCAAGAACGUCAGAAUGGGGUGCUACAGCAGCUAGUCCAACAGCAACAAGAAAGCGUAAUGGCGCUCACCUUACCACGACCCAGUUUACAGACGUUUAACGGCGAUCCCCUAGGUUACUGCGACUUUGUGCGUGCGUUUGAACAUCUGGUAGAGCGCAAGGCAAACGACCCCAGCGCAAGACUCUACCUUUUAGUGCAGCACACUUCCGGAAGCGUGCAGGAAUUGAUGCGAAGUUGUCUGUCCAUGCAGCCAGAGGAGGGAUAUAGAGAAGCGCGACGCUUGCUUAAGGAGCGAUACGGUCAGAAAUACAAGAUCGCCGCCGCGCACGUACAGAAACUCAUCAACGGGGCCCCCAUCAGAACAGAGGACGGCGAGGAGCUGCAGAGAUUCUCCAUCCAGCUGGUGAGUUGCACCAACACAUUGAAGGAAAUUGGUUACAUAGGGAAACUGGACAAUCCAGAAAACCUAAAGAAAAUCGUCGAUCGCCUGCCGUACCCACUUCGCGCGAAAUGGCGAGACGCGGUGGACCGUAUUGUGGAAAAAGAAGAAAGAGACGUGACAGUCAAGGACCUAACAGAUUUCGUGACGAUGAAGGCCAGAGCAGCCAGCCAUCCUGUGUUCGGUAAACUUGAAAGAGCGUCAGACAAAAUCACCGGCCCAGGAAAUCAACGACCACGCCGUAGUGCCAACGGUUUCGCAACGCAAGGGGGCGAGCAAACCUCGACCGAAGCCAGAGAAAAGUGGUGCCCACUGUGUAAGAUGGCCCACUGGCUGUCACGCUGCGAAAAGUUCCGGAAGCAAUCGUUGGCCGAAAGAAGACAAGUAGUCAGAAACAGCAAACUGUGCCUCAACUGUCUACUGCCAGGACAUUUUGUUAAUGCGUGUCCCAAACCCAGUUACUGCAAGGUGCCAGAAUGUGAAACAAAGCACUCGACGUUUCUGCAUCCGAGGUCCGAGAAGACGCCCGAACACGAUGCUGAUGCAACACCCCCUGUAGACGUAGAAACCAGUCAAGAGAGCGUAGCCAACGGAAACAGUACGCCAGCAGACGAAACCCUACACAAGCCGAUAGUUUGUACGUUCGAAUGUCGACCAAACCCAACGCGCCAAGAUACGAUUCUGUGA